CGUUUUCGUCGUUCCCCGUCAUCACACACGGCCACAGAAGAGAAGGCGAGCCGUGAGAGAGUGUGUGUGUGUGUGCGCGCGCGCGCGUUGCCGUUGUGUGUUUCUCGUUCGAGGGCAGAAGAGUUCACUCGCGUACAAACGGCGGAGAAUCCACCGAGUGUGCGUGUACAUGUGCGCGCGUGCGCGUGUUUAAAUACGCUUGUGUGUGUGUGUGUGUAUUCUGUGCGCGCGCGCGCGCGUGUGUGUGUUGCCGUGUGUCUACAUGCCCCCGUGUAUACGUUCCCGGAAGAAACGAAGAGACGAAUGAUAUACCGAUCGCGGCAGCUUCUCCGUUUCGCUGCUGUCGUUUAUUAUUAUCGUCGGUGCUAUUACAACGACUAUUGCCGCCGCCGCCGCCGCUGUGCUGCUUUACAUGAUCGUCGAUACGCACGAUUCACGUGCCGCACAUGCAUUCACGACGGACACGUACGAGAAAAAGAGAGGUCAUCUGAAGCGGCGAAGUGGCCUUCCUGUUGAUAUCUCGGACGAGAAACCGCGCGCGCCAAUCCGCUACGUGCGAUACGGCCCUGAGAAGUGAUUUCGGCAUGGCAAGUAAUGUGGAACACGGCGUUCGCGGCAGUGCUCUAGCGAUUGUAUUAUCGACGCGCCACCGACAUCGGCCGGCGCGUUCCAUUUUCAACCGGAAGGACGUCCCAGCAGCAUCCACCGCUCGUUUUUAAUCCCAGUCUCCGAAAAGUCCGAAAAGAGAGUUUUUUGGAACACAUUUGGACACGGGAGACUUUUGUUUUUUUUUUCUUUUUUUUUGUUUUUUUUUUCACGGACGGGCGAGGAGAACGGGAAGGAGACGAAAAACUCUCUCUCUCUCUCUCUCUCUCUCUCGUCGCGGGGUCGACUAUCAAUCGUCGAUCAAUCAAAAACGACGAACGUAAGGCGGGGGAACGGACACGUGGGGGAUUAUAAGUCGGGAACGUUGUACGGGUGGCCCCGAGCGCGCGGUGUUCAAUGAGACAAGGAGAUGAAGACGAGGAAGUCGCUGCUGCCGUUCGUUCUGUGUGUUACGGUGGUGGGCCUGGCGCUUUGCCAGGAGAAAAAAUGGUCGAAAUCGACCGCGAAGCACCGGGAUAAAAGCGCUAAGGGCAAGUACGAUCCUGAUUACACGGACAGGUUCGAGGAUUUCUACAAACGAAACUCGGCGGUCAUCGAUUACCAAACUCUCGGUUCGAACAGUCCGACAUCCUACAGAAACAACAGGGCCAUUUCUCAAUCCAGACCGAUGGACGUCGAUGAAUUGAAGGGCAAUCAGCACUCUAGUCAAUCGUCGAAUCUGCCGAAGUCGCACGCGAAAUCGACGGUGCGGGAGAAGGAACGCAUAAAGAACACGACUAUCGGGGACGGUAUUUGUCAGAGCGCCGACAUCAGGAACAACGUUCAAUCUUUCUUUGAUGUGAAUCUGAACGAUUGUCGCGUGAUCGAGGGUUUUCUCCAAAUUGUGCUUAUCGAGAACAACACCGAGGCGGAUUUCGAGAACGUUAGCUUCCCGGAACUGAGAGAGAUCACCGGUUACUUCCUCUUGUAUCGCGUCGACGGUUUGAAGAGCCUCAGCAAACUUUUUCCGAAUCUCGCGGUCAUCAGAGGCGACAUACUUCUCACCGACUACGCCUUCAUGAUUUACGAGAUGAAGAGCCUGCAGGAAAUCGGUCUCACGAGUCUGACCAAGAUAUCCCGUGGUGGCGUGCGCAUCGAGAAGAAUCCCAAUCUCUGCUUCACCAAUACCGUGAAUUGGAACGCCAUUGUGCUGGCCGGCGAGAACUUCAUCAAAGACAAUAAGAACGAACAGGAUUGCCCGCACGUAAAAGGAUGUUCCCAGUGUCCCGACGGUUAUUGCUGGACCGCGCAACGUUGUCAGAACCUGGAAAAACCGAGGUGUCACCAACAGUGUCUCGGGGAGUGUUACGGUCCGAGCGACAGCGAGUGUUACGUGUGCAAAUACUAUCGACACGAGGGGAAAUGCAUCGAAACGUGUCCGGACCAUUUGUUUUCAUAUCUGUCGAGACGAUGUAUCAGCAAGGAUGAGUGUCUAAUGAUGAACAACAUUAGGAGAUAUUCUAAACUGAAAGAGAAUCAACUGUGGCGACCUUUCAACUACUCGUGCGUCACCCAAUGUCCCGAUGGUUACGAGGACGCUAUCACGAAAAAUGAAACAACCUGUCGGGCUUGUAAGGGUCAGUGCCGCAAAACCGCCAGCGGUGCUAUUAUACGUCACAUGUCGGACGCUCAGAGUUUCCGCGGUAUCACGAUAGUGAAGGGGGCCUUAGAGUUUCAAAUCAGAAACGGAAAUCCGAACAUAAUGAACGAAUUGGCGGACGCGUUCGGUAUGAUCGAGGAGAUCACCGAAUAUCUGAAGAUAACGCAUUCCUUUCCGAUCACGUCGCUGAACUUCUUCAAGAAGCUCAAAGUGAUCAAGGGCGAAAAUCUGGACAUUAACAACGCGAGUUUCGUAGUUCUGGACAAUCCGAAUCUCUCGUCCCUUUUCCCGCCGUCUCAAAAGAUAACGAUAGAGAACGGCAGGUUGUUCUUUCAUUACAAUCCCAAACUCUGUCUGUCCAAGAUCGAACAGUUGGGCAAAAUGGUGAACAUCACGAACUUUACGGAUCUCGAAGUGCAACCGGAAUCUAACGGUGACAAAGUUGCGUGCAACAUCGUUAAUAUAAACAUUACGGUGGUGGUACGGGGUACGGAUCACGUGCUCUUAAGUUGGGACAGUUACAAGCCGUUGGAGGGCCAACAGCUUCUUAAUUAUUUGCUAAAUUACAUAGAAACCGAAAACGAGAACAUAACGUACGAGGCGAACGCUUGCGGCAACAACACGUGGCAGACCCUGGACGUCGGCAUACCGAGUUUGAAUUCGACCGUAUCGAAGAACAUCACGAAUCUGAAGCCGUACACAAUGUACGCCGCUUACGUGAAGACGUUCACGGCGAGAAACAAAAAUUCGUUCAUGAGUCCGGUGGGUCAGUCGGAAAUUAUCUUCUUCCGGACGAAGAGCGCGAUACCGUCGGUACCGACGAACGUCACCUCGACCGCGAUAAGCGAAAGCGAGAUCUUGGUCAAGUGGGACCCACCGAUGUAUCCGAACGGUCCUAUUGGUUACUACUUGAUUUCCAGUACGAUCCGAUUGGACGACAAGGAACUAAUCGCUUCUCGAGAUUACUGCGUCGACACGUUGAUCAGCGACAUCGAGAAAAAGGAGAUACACGAUGUGACGAUUAAGACGCCAUUGAUUUCGAGUCCGAAUUCGUGCUGUUCCAAAGACGCGAGCGCGAAGAUCGGAGCUUCCAAGGAGUUUCAGAUCUUCUGCCACGAGAACAUGACUAUCAGUUACGUGUCGACCGGUUGGAAGGAUUACUGCGUUUUCAACAACUACAACACGCCGGACAAAUUCUAUGACCUAACCAACAGUCUGUCCUCCGCGCAGGAGAAGCAAAAGACAACGGACAUUUCGGACAACGAGCUGCUCUUUAACGUUAGCGUUAAGAAUCAUUCGUAUCUCUUGAAGAACCUGCGACAUUAUUCUCUGUACACCAUUACGGUCGCUGCGUGCGGCAGAAAAGUCGACGGCGACACGCAAAUGUGCUCAUCCAUUCAGUACACGAACGUACGGACGAAGAAACGUCCGAAUGCGGACGACGUUCACAACGUGAAGGUUCACAUCAUCAACAACACGAUAGUUAAGGUCACAUGGGAACCGGUCAAGCAUCCGAACGCCUUUACCGUCUCGUACACCGUCGAGUACACGAAUCUGGACGUGAAGGAUGCGAAGAAGAGCACCGAGUGCAUACCGUGCACCAUACGCGACGAAAAGUACAAUAGUCAUUACAUUAGAAAUCUCAGUCCGGGUCAGUACAGUCUUAGAAUGCGUUCAACGUCACUAGCGGGUGACGGUCCUUUUACCGAGGCGAUUUAUUUCUCCGUCGGUUUAACGGGCAACAAUCAGAUAGUGGUGGCAACGGUGGUGACUAUCAUAGUGCUAGUGACCGCCACGAUAGCGGCUGUGUUUGUUAUUAGGAGCCGUUUGAAGAAGAAGCAGGAACGACUGAUAGCCAGCGUGAAUCCGGACUACAUCGAGACCAAGUACGUGGUCGACAGUUGGGAAGUGCCGAGGGAAAACGUCGAGAUUGUGGAGGCGUUCGGUUUGGGUCAUUUCGGGAUGGUGUAUCGGGGAUAUCUGGACGGUACCAUACAAGUGGCCAUCAAAACGAUCUCCGAUAACGCGAGUCAACGGGACAAGCACGAGUUUCUGAACGAAGCGUCGGUGAUGAAGAACUUCUCGACGUUUCACAUCAUCAAGCUGCUGGGUGUGGUCUCGAUGGGCAAUCCGCCGUUCGUCAUAAUGGAACUCAUGGAGAACGGCGAUCUGAAGAACUAUCUGCGCAAAAUACGCGACACCGACAUGGUGCCGGACGCGUCCCGUAUAAUGAGAAUGGCGGCGGAGAUCGCCGACGGUAUGGCCUAUCUGGAGUCGAAGAAAUUCGUGCAUCGAGAUCUGGCGGCGCGCAAUUGCAUGGUGUCCAAGGAUCUGGUCUGCAAGAUCGGCGACUUCGGCAUGGCGAGGGAUAUAUACGAGACCGAUUAUUACAAGAUCAGCAAGAAGGGCCUGUUGCCGAUACGAUGGAUGGCGCCGGAGUGCCUGUCAGACGGCGUGUUCACGUCCGACACGGAUGUUUGGUCGUUCGGCGUCGUGCUUUACGAAAUACUCACACUCGCCGAGAUACCGUAUCAAGGUUUCUCGAACGAGGAGGUGUUGCAUCACGUAUUGCACAAAGGCGUGCUGAAUAUACCGCGUAAUUGUCCCGAGACGAUACAGAAGAUAAUGGAGAAGUGUUUCAAGUGGCGGCCCAGCGAACGUCCGACUUUCAUGGAGAUCGUCACCGAGCUGGAGCCGUUUCUUGGCCAGGACUUCUGCGAGAAGUCGUUCUAUCACUCGGACGAGGGCAUCGAGAUACGCAGCCAGGGCGUCAAGAAGGUCUAUCACAACGCCGCGCCGAUUCGGUUUCACUGGGGUCACGAGACCGGGGCCAGGUGGGUGAAGGGUUUCGACAACGACAACGUGACGCUGCUCGAUCAGACGAAAGCGGGCACCAGUCGGGGUCGAAUCUUCAAGAACGGCUUUCAACACUUUGUAAAGUCCUUAUUACGGGUGUCCGACGAUCUACGUGAAAUUGGAGAAUUCACAAGACUCUUUUUUGUCGUAUCAAUCAAACAACAAAACAAGUAAUAAGGUACACACAUACAUAUUUUAAUAAUUCAAUAUUUAAACAAACGUUGAAUGAAUUUUGUAAAGUUACGCCGUUUUAUUAUCUUUAUUAUAAAAUACUUAAAACACAAUUACACAUUACGUUGUAAUUACGUUGUUCGUAACUUGAGCGAUUUAUUUUACUCGUUUCGAGAGAAUUACAUCGCUAUACAACAUGUUCCGCUCAUUAGAUCAAGUCGAUAAGUAUUAUAAUUUAUUUGUCGCGUGUAAGCAUCUUUUAAUUAACUUAUUUAAUUACCUUGUAGAUGAUGUAACAAUCGAGAUAACACCAAAACCAAGCAUUAAUUAUUCAACGCGUUGUAAUCUCCGGAAAGAUGGCGAUAUUGGUUGCGCGCGUGUGGGAGAGGCUUUUAUAUUUUCUACAUCGUAAAACACAAGAAAGGAAACUUUUGUAGCUCGUAAUUACCGCGUGCGUGCGUGCGCGCGCGCGCAUCAACGCACUUGUACAUACAACAUUAGCAACAUUUAAGUAAGAAAAAUCGAAUAGAAUAAGUGUAACACUUGUGUCAAGGAUUAUAUAUAGCACAUAUAUAUAUAUGUAUAUAUACAUACAUAUAUAUAUAUAUAUAUACACAUGCCUUACGAGGCGGAAAACCAAUUUCUACGGAUUUCCUCGAAGUUCACGCGCGAAUGUCGAGCGCACGAGAUUAUCUAUCGCACGUGCGAAAGAUAAUCCGAAAAGACAGAAAAACGAAAAGAAAGAGAGAGAGAGAGAGAGAGAGAGAGAGAGGAACACAUUUUUCUCUCGUUGAUUCUCCUCGGUCGUUUUUCUCAUUCUGAGAAUAUAGCGUUGUAAAAUAAAACAAAAGAAAAACAACAAACUCGUAUACGCUCCCUCCCCCUGACAGCUCAGCCAAUUUACUUGUAUAAUCCCGUAGUAUUUUUAGGGCGCCUUGAUUUCAUGGGGGGGGGGAUUAACCGAUAAUUAAUUUAUUGUUCUCUCUAAGGUAGGUUGAACUACGAGUCUCGAGUGGUCCAAUCAGAACUAACACACUAUACAAUUAACGGUACCAUUAACUGUGCACAUAUUUUUCACGUACUCUUAUCUCGUUACAUGCGUAAGCUCUUAAUCUGUAAUAAUAAUAAAAAAAAAUAAUAAUAAUAAUUGCUGCGCGUUGUCUUGUAAACGUUAAGUCGCCGGGAGACGACGGGAGAGACGAUCUCCCGCGCCCCCGCUCUGUAAGAUAUGAAUUUCAAGUAUUUAUUGCAAAACAAAAACAACAACAACAAAAGUUUAUCUCCUCGCGCGCGUCGCGUCGCGUGUAAAUAUAGCACGUUGAUUAGGAAAUUUACUUCGCGUGCGUGUAAAGUGUAAGCAAACGUACGAUUAUUAGUUUUUUUUUUUUUAUUUUUUUUUAUUAUUAUUAUUAACGUGACGUAUAUCGCGGAUUGGAGUGAAUGACGGACUAACGCCGUUCUUGAGCACGGUUGGUUUUUUCUCGUUUUUAACCGCGUUUUUCUCUGUGAAAACAACCGCGCACUGCGAAAUAAAUUUCGGAGAACAUGUCAUGACGUAAGCGUUGACAUAAAUCACAAGCCACACCUACACACACACACACACACACACACGCGUAUGUGUAUUUAUGAAGAAAGUCGAACUAACUUUAUUUUUUUUUUUUGCAGCAUCGUCACUUGUACUCUCUUAAUCAAUUUCGUUUCCAACGACAUAUAUAUACGACGGAGAAACAAACAUACAGAGCAAACUGCCAUUAUUCUUAAGCGUUUUGUUGUUGUUAAGAUUCUCGGUAAACAAUUGCGAUUCAAACAAUUCAAACUCCAUACUUGCGUGUGGAAGCUAUAUAUAUAUAUAUAUUUGUUUUUGCAAAAGCUAAAAUAAAAACAAAAACAAUCAAAGAUUGAAACACAGUUUUCACGAUUUAUUCAUCACAGUUCGCACGACUGGACCAUGAGCUUCUGCUCUUUCUGAUGUCUCAUUACAGUUUUUAUUUAUAAAUCCGGAAGUAUAUAUGAUUUAUUGAUUUUUGUUUUUUUUUAAACUUGUAUCUCAUGUGUGACGACCACUGCGUAUUUAUUUUGAGUUCUCUCACUUUGUAACGCGUGUUCAAAUAUCGAGUAAUACAAAUUCCGUGUGAGUUUUGUGUGCAUUUUCACGAAAAUGGAAAUCAAAUGACAAGAGUUCGUGUAAUAUGGAGGAACAUAUGUUUCUUGCUGCACGAGUUCUUGAUUUACCGUAUUUGUACGUCGUUGCCUCUCCGUCGUACCGGACGUGUGUGUACGUUUCUGUCACGGCCUCUUUUUGAAAGUUUCGAAUGGCGUAAUCCGAAACUCAUGUCCCUCCUCUCUCCCUUGAGGUUUUCAAACUAUUACCGCUGUAAUUCCGACGGAUUGGAAAUUUUCUCCGACUACGUGUCGAAGCGGAGUAAAAUUUCUCGACGGAGAAAAUCCGUGUUCUGUCUUUUCCUUUUACGCGUUUCCAAGUUGUGGCAUCCUGACGGAUAUCUUUUUUAUUUGAUUUUCACCGAGAAGACAGAAUCUCCAGAAUUUUUGGAAGCAACAGAAUUGUGCGUUGCUAGCCUCGAAUGCACAGACGGCAUUGUCCGUCAAUUUGGAAAAACUGUCGUGUUUCCCUAAAAAAAAAAAACAAAAAAACAAAAACUCGUCGGAAUUAGAUCGGCAGCAAUUUCUUGGUCGCUGUGAAUCGUGUCGUUGCGAUUUGCGCGAGCUGACCCUGAAAGAUCCGAAAAUACAGUUCGGAUUAAUCACCGUUUUAAUUGCGGUACUGACUGCGUACGACCACACGUGCAUCAUGUGUAAUGUGCACGUGCACGAGAAACUCCAAUGGACUGAUACUGAAGACUUUAGCUUUAAAUUAGCCGUCGCCGCCGUCGUUUUUGAUGGUUUUUUUUUUUUUUUUGUUUUUUUUUGUUUUUUCUUUUCUUCCUCUCGCAUUGACGAAAUAUAUCGCUCACGGAACGCGCGAAAGAUAAUAUAACAUAGCGACGUAUAUACCAGGUUGUCUCGAAACGUGUAAAACGUGUACGCGGAAUGAGUCAUUAAGUAUUACGGCCUGUAACAACGUGUAUUUGAUAAUAUUUUAUUAAACACUUCUAUUAAUAUAAUUUUACUACGGAUUUUACUGCGGUUAAAAUUAUUAUUAUUAUUAUUAUUAUCGUCAUGAAAAUAUCGAAUUUAUAUAGUGUCACACAUAUAGCACGUAGAAUAAUUCAUGUACAUUCUCUCAUUUGCGUAAUAAAAAUUAAGAGAGAUUUAACAUUUGUCGCUAUAGGUCGUAAAAUUAUCGUAACUCCGCGCAUUCGCGGCAAAGUUGUUUUAUUCCUUCAACGAAAACGGAUAUCUUCUCGGCAAAUGGGGAUUUCGAAUUCUUUAUCCCGCAAAAUAGCUUUCUCAGAGAUAGCUCAACUCUCGACGUAUUAUUUUCUGUAACCGUAUCUGAUUUUUUUAUUGCAACUUACAACAAAGGAAAUUAUGUUACUCGAAAAAAAUGGCGACACUCGUGGUUAAUUUUCGUGUAAAAUUGUGUAAUGUAAUAAUAAUAAUAAUGACGAUAGCGUUUGAAUUGAAUGAUCGAGAAAGAAGUAAAAUGUAAAUUAUAAAAUAAAAUAAAAUAAAAUAAAAAAAAAUCAAAAUUAAAGUAUCACAUUGAUGUACGUCGUGCAUUUUCUUGGGGAACAUCUUGCGAAAGAUCAUCGUUCACGAAAAUCGUUCGUAAUGUGUGCAAGUGCGAGUCAUCUUCGUGCGUUAUUAACCUUUUUCAUUACUUCGUUUCUUAACGAAACUAAAUCUAAACUUCUUAGAAAGGAUAUUCCAUGAUUCUACUUAUUACAUAUAUAUAUAUGUGUGUGUUGUACUUUUUCAUAGGAAGAAAAAAAACAAACACACGUAUGUAACGUGUGACUUGAAAGUUUCACGAGAGAAGAUGUUAGAUAGGAUUAAAUUUGUAAAAUUCGAGGACGAAAGGGAUGUUUAAUUUACAGAUCGCGCGUUAAUGGAAAUAAGAUUAAUAUUUAUUUCGCUCUAAUUGGCAAAAUUACUUGAUUUCGUAGAUUAGAGAGUUCUAAGCUGUAAGAAAAAAAAAAAAAUGUAACACGACUCUUCGCGCUCUAAGCGUCGCUCUGUCGCUCUGUGAAGUUAAAAUUAUCUCUUAAGUUAAAUUUAAAAUAUUUUGAAUAUUUUUCUUAUGGGUUUUUUUUCUUAUUCUCGUUUGUAUUGCAAUACUCUCUGUUUAAAUCGUUACUCUUGCUCCAUCGAAAAUAAAAGAGCAAUAUUUGUGCUCGCGUUUGUGAGAGGCGCUCGAAAGAAAUCGCAGAAUUGCGAAAUAUUUUUGACUCUCGAUUACAGCGAUUGAUUUUUAAGAGGCGCUUGAGAGAAAUUAACGGAAUCAAAAUAUUGAAAAACGUUUAUGUUUGCGCGCAAAGAACAUCAACGUCAAUCUUCGCAAUAGGGUAUACGAUAGUUUUCUCUUAGUGUUUUUGUUUUCGAUUUGCGUAAAAGAACUCGUGCGCGACGCAACAAUCUCUCGAACACUAAAUCAUGUGCAGUUGCAAGUUAAUUUACGAACCCUCUCUCUGUUUUACGAGGAGCUUUUGAAAUUUAUAAUGUCUCGAUGUCUCGACUGCGCGAAGUGUUGGCAAUGAUUUACAACGAAUCUUCUCAACGAAGACCGCGCACGCCGCAGCUUAGAAAAUUAAUAUUACCGUACGUAAACGUGUGCUGUACGUUAGCUUUCGUCCUUGUAAUUUCUCACGUUAAUUUGCGAAAAUCUAAUGGAUGUAUGUGUGUGCGAAACUCCAACGUUGCGUUACUUCCUCGCGAGUUCUCUUCACGAUGUAUAUACGAAUUAUUUUUCACGUGCGUAACUUUUACCUUUUUUUUUUUUUUUUUUUUUUUUUUUU